AUGGGCUCCCGCCUGCGGGCCGCCGCACUCUGCGGGGCGGCCCUGGCCCUGGCGGGCGGCACAGUCGUGGCGCUCCGGGCCUGGGCCCACCUGCGGAGCCGUGUCGCGCUGCCCACCCGCUCUGUAGCCGCCACUUCCGCCGCCGAUCAGGGUAAAGAGCACAGUAAGCAGAUCCUGGUACUGGGCCUGGAUGGGGCUGGGAAGACUAGCAUUCUCCACUCUCUGGCAACUAACCACGUCAAGCGCAGCGUGGCUCCCACCGAGGGCUUCAAUGCUAUCUGCAUCAACACCGAAGAGUUCCAGAUGGAGUUUCUGGAGAUCGGGGGCAGUGAACCUCUGCGUUCAUACUGGAAGAUGUAUUUGCCCAAAGUGCUGUUGCUGGUCUAUGUCGUGGACUCGGCUGAUCAUGCCCGAUUGCCUAUGGCAAAACAGCUGCUUCAUCAACUAAUCCAGAAUAACUCCACCCUGCCUAUCGUAGUUCUGGCCAACAAGCAGGACCUCGAAGGUGCACAUUGCAUCACUGAUAUUCACGAUGCUCUGGCUCUGUCUGAUAUUGGGGACGAGAGGAAGAUGUUCUUGAUUGGUACCCAUGUGGCAGAAGAUGGCUCUGAGAUCUCUUCCGGCAUGAAGGAUGCCAAGGAGCUGAUAGGGCAGCUGGUUUUGGAAACACAUGCCAUCUUACACAUCUUACACACCUGUACGCCCAUGCAGCAGGUAAGAAGCCCUACCUUCCUGGCUGGGUGUUCAGGCCAAUGCCCCAUGUUUCUUGAGAGGUCUCAGUCAGGGAUUUACACCAAACAGUGAGUCAGUAUAUUGGAUGACACUGUGAUAAACACUUGAGAGGAAAUUAUGCCUGGUUUUGCCCUUACCUCAGCUUCUGAAAAACAUCGGACCAUCCUGCCCCUUAAAAACAGAAGCUGUGACUCUGCAUUACAGGGAAUUGAUCUUAAAAGGAGUUGAUCUCCCUUAAGCAAUGAGUCUGUGAAGGCUCAGACAGUGGAGGGGAGGUUUUUCUGUGUCUGGCGGAAGCAAGGCCUCAUUUUUCUUGCU